UUACUAGAAGCCAAAAAAUCUCAUUCGAAUCGUCAAUCUACAAUUGAAAGAUUUUUUGUUUUUCUUCUUGACAUGCAACACAACAAUGUUCUUCGUUCUGAGAUGGUAGGCCUGGUACACUUCUUUAUUGAGGUACGAGAAGAACAUGGAAAGGAAACCGAACAGCUUCUUCCAGAUGUUGCAGCAGUAGUUAGGCAGGCAAGAUUUGUUGAACAUUCAUCAAGCGAAGGAGGUGUACCAGAUCUUGUGUAUUCCAAGUUGCUUCCUAUGAUUUAUCUUCUCACAGAAGAACUUUUCUCUAUUAGACAAUUGAGCUACAGCAGGCCCGGCAUUAAAAGGAAUGAUGAUGAGCACGCAAGAUAUCUAAGGGAUACUGUUGGAGCUCGAGUUAAACUCCUUCAAUCCCAUUUAGAAUUUUUAAGAAUCAAACUUUCGGAUCGACCACAAAAGAACAUGCAACAUUGGAGACUAGUCGUCAUGCUCUUUGAACGAGUGGUUGAGCAGCUGUUAUCGCUGAAAGACUCAUUAGAUGCCGGAAGAAUCACAAACGGUGAGGCAAGGAAUGUGCUCUUUAAGGUACUUCUUAGAAUUUUGGUUUUCAAGGCAGAGGCAUAUUUGAUGGAUUUACUCAACGGUGAUGAAAGUCUCCUUGUAAAGCAUCAGAUUGGAGCCCUCAAAUCCGUAGUUGCAUCAAUGACAAACAUGCCCAGGAAACUCAUCUUCAUGAACCUUGAAAAGGUACAAAAGGAUGAAAUAUUAAUCUUGACGGACAUUGAGUCGGUGGUCAGGGAGGUGCUAUAUCUUUGUCAUUCCUUCAAUGGUACUGUUUUUACAGGAGGCAUGAUGAAGGAAUGCACUCACUGGCUUUGUGACUUGACACAGAAAAUCAAGGAAGUAGUUGAGAGGAUUGAUGUCCCAUUUCCAAAAAUUGAGUUCCCCAAGACUAAUGGAUUAGGCUUUAUUGGUUUUCUCUUGAUAAAGCUAAAGGGGCAGUCGAUGAGAUAUGGGAUUGGCCCACUUAAUUGUGUUAAGCAACAGAUUGAUGACAUCCUACAGAAUCUGACAUUCUUGAGAUCUUCCAUCAUGAAGCAGGAUGCCAAGUAUCAAGAAUGCAAGGAUGCAGCUUACAUGGUGGAAUUUAUCAUUGACUCAAUUCUUCUUGGAAAUGGAUCCAGAUGGCAUAAUUUUUCAUGGCUUUACCGCGUCUCAGAAAAUAUAAGGCAUAUCCGGAUUCUUCAGGAAACAGAAUGUCAAGAGAAGACCUGCAAUUUGGAAGUCACAAAUGCUGCCCAGGCCGUGGUCCGUCAGAUCUCGCAGACUAGUACCUUUGAAGUUAAUGAAGAUGUGGUGGUACUAAAUGACCAGCAACAAAUGAUAGUUGAUCGACUAACAAGAGGAUCAUCACAGAGAGAAAUAGUCUCGAUUGUUGGAAUGCCAGGGAUUGGCAAGACAACUCUGGCAAAUCAAGUGUAUUAUGAUCCUAAAGUUGUGUAUUACUUCCAUAUUCGUGCAUGGUGCUGUGUUUCACAAGUGUACGCAAAAAGAGACUUGUUGCUUGGCAUUUUACAGCAGAUAAUUGAGCUUACUGACAGUAUCCUGACGAUGCCCAAUGAAGACUUGGAAUUUAUGUUGUAUAAACAAUUGAAGGGAAAGCGUUAUCUAAUCACCAUGGACGACUUGUGGAAUAUUGGUGCAUGGGAUGACUUAAAGAGCUCAUUUCCAGAUGAUGGAAAUGGAAGUAGGAUUAUGAUAACAAGUCGUCUGGAAGACAUGGCUUUGAAUUUCUCACUGGAAAGUAAUCUUCUUAAUCUUCGUCCCUUGUCUGAUGGUGAGAGUUGGGAGUUACUAAAGAUGAAGAUAUUUCCUAAAGAAAUCUGUCCUGAGGAACUACUACAAGUUGGAAAGGAAAUUGCUAGGAGUUGUAAAGGACUACCUCUUUCUCUUGUUGCAAUAGCUGGUCUCCUUCAAAAGACGGCCAUGAAAUCAGACUCGUGGAAAAAAAUUGCAGAACGUUCAAAUGCUAUCAUUGUGAAUGAUCCACAAACGAGGUGCAUGGACAUCUUGGAACUAAGUUAUGAGCAUCUGCCAGAUUAUCUGAAACCAUGCUUUCUUUUCUUCGCUAUGUUUCAAGAAGACAAGGAGAUUCCAGUUAGGAGAUUGAUAUGGCUAUGGAUGGCUGAAGGUUUUAUAGAGAGAAAAGAUUCGAAGAGCAUCGAGGAUCUUGCUUUGGAUUACUUGAGAGAUCUGGUUGGUAGAAGCUUGAUAACAGUUUCCAAGAGAAGAUCCAAUGGUGGUGUCAAAGCAUGUCGGAUACAUGAUAUGGUACGCAAUGUUUGCUUGUCAAAAGCUAAAGAAGAAAAAUUUUUGGGAUUGGUAACUGGUGAUGAUGAGCCUUAUUCUUUUUUCUAUGAUAGCGAUGAUUUUGAUGAUUUUGAUCCUUCAAAUUCCAUUACCUACAAGGAACAUCGACUAUGCAUUUCUGUUAGCCGGCAACAGUUUGUUAACUCAAGACCUUCUGGCCCAUAUGUUCGUUCUCUUCAGUUCUUUGCCACUACUGAUGCUUAUCCAAGAUGCCCUUAUAAUGUCUCAUUCAUUUCCAAGAACUUUAAACUUCUUAAGGUGUUGGAUUUGGAAGCAAUCAAUAUGGGUAGUUCCUUUGCUGAUGGAAUAGAUUCACUUAUUCAAUUGAUUUUUCUAGCUGUUGGUGGUGAUAUUGAUUCUAUUCCAUCAUCAUUAGCUAAUUUGAGAAAUCUGGAAACUCUUUUGGUGAAGGGACUGAAAGGUAAAAAGGUCUUACUACCGGAAAGUAUUUGGAGGAUGACAAGUUUGCGACAUGUUCAUGUGAAGAAUAAUGCUUCUUUUACACUACAACCUAAAGUCACCGGAAUUGGCUUUCAAUUAAAGAACCUCGUCUCCCUCUCCGUACCAUCUCUGAUUUUUGGGGAAGAUGCAGAUGAAAUGAUAAGGAUGUUGCCCAACCUUCGAGAAUUGAGUUGCAUUUUCUCAAAAUCAAGGGGUUCCAGAGAUUACUAUCAGUUUCCAAGAUUGGAAAAACUGACACAGUUGGAGUCGCUCAAGAUAGUAUAUCGUGGUAGGACUAUUAAGACAAGUCCAUUGAACUUCCCGUUGGGACUGAAGAAGUUGACAUUAAUAAAUUUCUUCUUGCGGUGGGAUCAUAUCUCAACAAUUGGCAGCCUAGAAAAUCUUGAGAUUCUCAAAUUGUUAUCUUCAACUUUCGAAGAUACAAGGUGGGAAAUGAAAGAAGGGGAGUUUCACAAGCUCAAAUACCUGAAAUUGGACAGUCCAAACAUUGUUAGCUGGGUUGCCUCCUGUGAUGACUUGCCUAAUCUUCAACAUCUAGUCUUGCAAAAAUGCGAGAAUCUUAAGGAAGUCCCAAUUGAUUUUGUGAGAAUCCCAACUUUGCAGCUAAUUGAGGUGCAACGGUGUGGAGACUCAGUUGAAGAGGCAAUUAGGCGACUGCAGCAGGAACAAUUUGAAUAUGGAAUUGAAGAUUUGAAGGUCCUUAUCAACCAUUAGAUGGAAAUCUCAGAUCUUCAUAAAUUUAGGUUGAUCGUUGGCGUGCUUUACAUCCCAGUGACAGGUGCUGGUGUUUGUUGCAGUUGAAGUGAAGGAGGACGUACUUAUCUCAGAAGCUCCUGGAAAAGAAUUGGCAAAGUUACAUCAGCAAGGCCUUGGUGAUGAUGAUUCUUUUGCGUUUAGAUGGUGCUACUUUCAAGCUAUUUUGCAUUUCUUUCCCUUGUGUGAUGACUUGGUGCUGGUCUUAGAUUGGACUAAACUCUUUUGUUCUUUGUCUUGCUAAGUGCUUGUGAGUUGUGAUCUGAAGUCAAGACUGCCUGCAGUGAGAGAAUGAGGGUGCACUUGUGAACUAGUUGUAAAGUUUUUUAUUAUGCAAACAAAUUUGAGU